AAUCAAAAUCCCCAUUUUCCUCAUCUUCUCAAUUCUGAAAGUUCCAAUCUUUCAUACGAAAGUCCCAGUCUUUCAUCAAUGGCUUCCCUUCAGCAAACUUCAAUCGCCAUUCGAUCAAAGCUUCUCCCUUCUUCCCAGCUCCCCAGAGCCCUCCCUUCCCUCAACCUCUCCUUCUCAGCCACUUUCCCUUCCCUCAAACUCACCACCUCUCGCCCCCUCAUCGGCGGUGCCAGAAUGUCGGCAACAGCGGCUUCCAGCUACGCCACCGCUUUAGCCGACGUAGCCAAGUCAAACAACAGCCUCGAAACCACCUCCUCCGACGUCGAAAAAAUCGAGAAAGUAUUCUCCGACACUCAAGUCCUCGACUUUUUUGCUAACCCCACCGUCGAUAUCCUCAAGAAGCGUCAGGUCCUGGACGAAAUCGUGAAAUCAUCGGAGCUUCAGCCUCACACGGCCAACUUCUUGAACAUCCUGGUUGACGCCAAGAGGAUUGACCUUAUCAAAGAAAUUGCCAAGGAGUUCGAGAUGGUUUACAAUAAGCUGACGGAUACUGAGUUGGCCGUGGUGAGUUCAGUUGUGCCAUUGGAGUCUCAGCAUUUGGCUCAGAUUGCUAAACAGGUGCAGAAGCUGACUGGUGCUAAGAAUGUCAGGAUUAAAACUAAGAUUGACCCAAGUUUGGUAGCCGGGUUUACUAUCAGGUAUGGGAAUUCAGGCUCGAAAUUGAUUGAUAUGAGUGUUAAGAAGCAACUGGAGGAGAUUGCUGCUCAGCUUGAAGUAGGUGAUAUUCAACUUGCUGUAUGAGUUUUGAUUUUUUUUUUUUUGAGAAUUGGGUUUGAAACUCUUUUUUUGUUAUUAUUGUAAUUGAAAUUGAUACUCUUAAUGUUAAAUGUAUGAAAUUUGUCUAAGCUUC